AUGGUUCGCCAUAGCGCGCGCAGUUGCUUCAGCCUCUACCUCCUUCCCCUUCUCUUCCUCCUCCUUCACCUCCUCCUCUUCCUUCACCUUCUCUCCCUUCUAUUGCUCCUCCUACUCCCUCUUUUUCCCCUCCCCCUCCUAUUUCUCCCCCUUCGCCCCCUCCACUCCCUCUCGUCUGUUCUCCUCACCCUUCUACUCUUCCUCCUCCUCCAACCCCUCCACCUUCUCCUCCCCUCCUUCUUCCUCUUAUUUUCCUCCUUUUCCUCCUCACCCCCCACCCUCUCCAUUCCCCCCUCUCCUUCUGCCCUAUCCUCUACCCCUUCCCCCUCCUUCUCCUUCCUGCUUCUCCUCUUUACCCUCCCUGGCAGGACUUAUGAUAAAUACUUUCUGUAUCCGUCAAUAGGACCACGUUUUGACCACCUAGCUCCUUCACCUUUCGAAGGAAAUGAAUUUUCAUACUAG